AUGGGCAAAGAUCCUUUCUGUCACGUUUACACUCCAUCAUUCGAAAUUCCUUGGGAGCUUCAGCAUCUGAUUUCUGGAAAUGCAGGUCAAGUAGAGUUUGAACAGGAUGGUUUUGAAGUCCAUAAAGAUAACGUUGUGAUCGUAGCAGAGGCAGUACAUGAAUUCAAUCGAAUUUUAAGUUUGAUACACUACCCAACAGAAGAAGAGGCAGCAUUACCGCAACUACCUAACGAGGCCGUCAAAUCACGAGAAUUUAAAACGAAGUUCACGCCACAAACAAAAAGACAA